AUUCGACAUGUAUCGUGCGAUACACGAAGCCGAAGUGUUAAACAAUUGUCGAGUGUUUUUCUCUUUUGUUCUCGUUGUAUCGCCUGUUCUGUGUGUCUGCGCUUGCUUGUGUAUUUCACAUUUGUUGGUGCACUGGCGCUGUGGGCACGCUAUUUCGUUUGUCAAACGUAGCGCGUAUCACAUACGGACUGAAACAAUGAUAGUAGGAUUUUUUCAACAUUCACACACUGAAACUGAACACGAACAUACACACCAGUGCAUCGACACGCAUACAUUGGUGCGAGAGCCAAGUUAAUAGUUUUCUUGUUCCAGCACACACAGCGACAACAAAAUCAAAAGCAAAGGCAAAUACAAGAGAAGUGAAGUAGCAUAGCAGAAUAAGAAGAAAGAACGAACGGCAAAAAGUACAUACUGAUGAUGUUCGAACGUCCAUAUUAACAACUCUCUACGCACACACCGAUGCACAUUCGUCAAUCGCAAAUGACGACGACGACUACCAAGAAAAAAAGAAGAAGGCAAAAAACGAGCCGUCGAAUCGUCGAGAUAUACGGGAAAAAAAUUAAAACGAUCACAGUGCAAGACAACAAAAACUCAUAGAAAAAGACCAAGAGUCAGUAUUAAAGAGCUGUCGAGAGUAACACAUAGAGAGAGAGAGAGAGAGAGAGAGAGAAAAAGAGAACAAGACGUUUUCGUUUGCUUGGGAGAAGCAGCAAAAAACCAAUUGUGUGUUGUUUACAGGGUUAUUACCUGAACCAAACAACAAACAACUAGUAAAAUGCUAUAAGUGUAGAGUGUUUGUCUUUGCUUGCAUUUUGUGCAUGUUGACGACGACGACGACGACGAGAAAAAAAUUGAAUGUUAAACAACAACAAUAACAACAGCAACCAAAAAUUGUGUAUGAUGAAGUGUUCUUGCGUUCGAUUCAUGUCGUUUCGCGUCUCUCAAUUUGACACAUCGAACACCCAUUGAAGUGUAUAUAUCAGCUAUAGUCUGAAGAAUUCAAUUUCCAUGUAUACACACAAUCGGAGAAGAAGUGCAAAAAAAUAUCAAAUCGAAUUGUGAAAAGAAGAGCAUUGCAAAUAAAAUAAAUACACGCACUGAGUGGCUUAUUCAUCAUAAGUCACAGCGGCUGUACACUUUUUUACAGCGGUGGUGUGUGGCGUAUUUUGAGCAGCUAAAAAAAGUCUCAUACACACCGAACAACAUCAACAGUUUUACAAAUUCAUCCAAUCUCAUUCUUCACUCUCAUAAAUUGUAAUAUUAUUUUUAAUGUGUGCAUGAAAUCAAAGUGAAUCGAUUAGACGCGUAAACGACACGAUGGAGGAAACAAAAGUUAUCUAUUAUAUUGACGAUGAGCAAACACCAUACUUAGUCAAAAUUCCGUUGUCAUCGUCUCAAGUCACACUACGGGAUUUCAAAAUGGUUCUAAACAAGCAGAGCUGUAACUAUAAGUACUUUUUCAAAUCAGUCGAUGCCGAUUUCGGAGUGGUGAAAGAGGAAAUAGUCGAUGAAUCAACAGUGUUGCCCGUGUUCAAUGGUCGAGUUAUAUCAUGGCUGGUGACUGCUGAUGGUUCAAAUCAAUCGGACAAUUGUUCGGAGGUGCCGCAUAGUGAGCAGGGCAACGGAGUAGGAAAUUUGCAAACGCUACGGAAACCACUUGGACUGGGUGGCGGCGGCGGAGUAACCGGAAACGCAAAUUUGAAUGCAUAUCAGCAGCACCAAAUGAACAUCCCACCGAAUCCGUUGACAUAUCAGAGUGCGUCGGUGAUGUCAAGCGAUUUGGAUGCGACCAGUUUAUUCGAAACAGAAAGUGAAAUUACGUUAGAUAGAGAUAUGACUGAAUGCAGCAGUGUACAUCGAUUGCAAGUGCGAAAAAAACCGCAACGUCGGAAGAAACGAGCGCCCAGCAUGAGCCGAACAUCUAGUUAUAGCUCAAUUACCGAUUCAACGAUGUCACUGAACAUAAUCACCGUUUCAAUUAAUAUGGAAGCGGUGAAUUUCUUAGGAAUAUCAAUUGUUGGGCAAUCAAAUCGCGGUGGUGACGGCGGCAUUUAUGUUGGAAGCAUUAUGAAAGGUGGUGCUGUUGCUCUGGACGGCCGUAUAGAACCGGGUGACAUGAUUUUACAGGUCAACGAUGUUAAUUUCGAGAACAUGACAAAUGACGAAGCGGUGCGCGUGUUGCGUGAAGUUGUGCAGAAACCAGGUCCUAUAAAAUUAGUUGUAGCAAAAUGUUGGGAUCCAAAUCCCAAAGGAUACUUUACAAUACCGCGAACGGAACCGGUACGGCCAAUUGAUCCGGGUGCUUGGGUGGCCCAUACGCAAGCGGUAACUGCCCAAGAAUCGAUCGGUUAUCAUCCCGAAAUCGUAAGUAUGCAUGGGCAUAUGCACGGCACUGGAAUUGGCAGUUUGGCUGGAACAAUGACCAAUCAACUACAAAACCCAUCGCUAAUGAUCCAAGAGCGUCUGAAUCGAAAUAACCUCGAGGAAAUUGUGAAGGCGAUGACCAAAGCCGAUAGUGGGUUAGAGGUACGGGAUCGUAUGUGGUUGAAAAUUGUUAUACCAAACGCAUUUAUUGGUGCUGAUGCAGUGAAUUGGGUGUUGGCCAAUGUUGAUGGCGUAAAUGAUCGGCGCGAGGCGAGACGCAUCGUUUCAUCGAUGCUGCGAAACAAUCUAAUCAAGCACACAGUCAACAAGCUCAAUUUUUCCGAGCAAUGCUACUAUGUGGUGGGUGAUGGAUCGAGACAGAUGCGAAUAGGCCCUGAACUGGACACUGAUAGCCUGGCAAGUGAUAUAGCUCCACUUCCUAAUCCACCUGUGUACAUGCCCUACUCAGGAACAUACAAUACAAGUCAUGGAUAUCAACCAAUUCAAUACGGUCAUGGCGAACGUCACAUAUCAUCCGGCUCAUCUAGUUCGGAUGUACUAACUAGCAAAGACAUUUCUGCAUCGCAAAGUGACAUUACAUCGAUCAUUCACCAAACAAAUCAAAUGACUAUAACAAACGGAUCGAAUAAGUCAUCGGGUUCGUCGCAUCGUGAACACUUGGCUUGUAGUUCAAAUGGGAAUCAUGAUGAGGACAAAUAAAAUUGGUAUUGAUCACAGUUGACUCAAAUAAAUUACUCAAAAUCAACGAAAAAAACGGUAUCGCCAAAAUGUGGAUAUGGAAAGUUGCGAUCAGUUGAAAAGCUCGAAUUUGGAUGGUUUUUGGAAUGCGUCGCAUAACGCCAAAAUUAAAAAUUUGCUUCAGCUGAAAAAAGAGUUAACAUACAAACCACUAAUUUCAUAUUUUAAUUGCUGCCGCAAAAUAGUUAGAGAGCAAAAGAGGGCGAGAAAAAAAACAAAACAAAGAAAAUGAUACCAUUUUUUCGCGAAUUUUUUAUACGAAAUGAAAAAAAAUAAGUCGUAACAAUAGUGAUUUUAUGAGCAAAGCCAAGUUCCCAAAAAACGAAACGAAAAACAACUAAAUUUUUGUACGGAUUUUUGCCACAAAUUAUUAUCCAAGACUCACACAAUCAGGGGGAAAAAACAUAAAAUUUCACUCUCAAAUCUAAUGCGAAUGGUUCGUUUUUUUCUUCGUGGACCAGAUAUGAUUCCGUUGAGCCAUUCAAAAGAGGAAAAUAACAAUAAAUUCUAAAAUGCCAUGUUUAAAAACUACUAUUUUAUAAGAAAAUAAAUGGGAGAUGACACAAACACCUACUAUAUAUAUACAUACAUAAAUAUUUUAAUCAUCCUUUUUCGCGUAUUUCGGCUUCAAAGGAAAUGUUGAACAAAAUAACACAACACUACACACGCAGUCCUUUAUUUAUGCAUAUAAUCGUAACAUGUGUACAUUUAAAAGAAAAAUCUAGGUUUUAAACAAGAAAAAGUGAAGAAGCAGAGAUGAAAAAUGUUUUUUUUAUCUUCCACUUGAAAGGAAAAAAUAACAUUGUGAAACAUUGUUUAUAACCUUUUUUAAAUAUAUUUUUUCGUUUCAUAUCUCUCGGUAAGUGUAUUGAAAAAAAAAAUCAAGAAAAAAUAUUUUAUGUUGAAUCCAACCAUGCUUUUGAGAAGAUAGUUGAUUCGUUUAGUCAGUCUUUCGUUAAUGUUUUAAAAUCCUUUUUUAUUUGGUCUUUAAAAAAAAGUAGACGUAUCGUAAGCCUAUCGAACAUAAAAAAAUGAAGUUAAAUGUUGUUAGUUUAACGAUCAGAAAUCAGAAAUGCUAGAAAUAUUGAGAAAGAAAAGAAUGUGCAAAGAAUGAAAAAAAAAAACUUCCGAAUAUUUAUGUGUGACAUAUUUGUUGUCACUCCAUAUCUGCGCAAAAAGUGAAAUUAAAUCAAGAAAACGAGAGAAAACGAACAAUUGCAAAUAUUGAUAGCAAACUCGAAUUUUUGAUAAAUCCUAAGAUUCGAUUCGGAAUCUAUUUUGCUUCAAAUAUUUUGAUGACAAAAGCACAAAAAAAGUGUCCGUAACCAAAAUAUUGCAAUUUUUCACAUAAAAUCAAUGGCCUAUAUAGGAAAGAGUCAUAUCCACUGGAUAAAAUAGUAAAAUCACUGAACAAAAACAUGAAAAAAAAAAUUGAAUAGAAAAUCUCCAAGGCCGUUUUGAAUUUUUAUAAAUAAAUAAGAAGUUUAACGCAAACCGUUUCGGAAAUUAAACAUGAAAUGCAUAAGAAAAUACACACAGGGUAAAAAAUGAUGAUGAUGCGCGCAUUCAAUUCCAAUUUUAUAUUCAAAUAAUAAGGAACAACAAAUGCAAUGAAACGAUAAAAAAAAUAAUCCACACACACUCAGUUAAAAUUUAACGUACACACCAAACCACACAAAAUGGCUUUUAAUUCACCAGAUUGAGGGAGAAAGAAAAAAAAACGAAACAUAAAACAAGCACAUGCAACUAAGACGGAAAUUGCGGCAUGUGAGUAAAAAACAGCAAAACAAGUGUACAUUUUCAACUAUCAACUUAAAAGAAACAGAUGAAGCAACCGAAAAUGAAGAGAAAAGAAA